UUUACGCAUAAGGAGGAUAAAAACUAAAAAUGUGCAAAUUGAGUUUUAUAAUAAACAAACUAAAUGGAAAACUAACACACGGCACAUAUUGUUUAAAAUUCUUUGAAAAUGUAAAAUAAUACGUUUUCCUUACCUGUUCUAUACCUAAUUCUAGGCUUAAGGUAGCCAUGAGUUUUAAUCCGGCGGACUCUGGAGACGGAAUCUUGAUGUAUUGUUCUCAAAAUGACGAAGGCCUCGGAGAUUUUGCAGCACUCGUGAUAAAGGAUAGGCACAUCGAGUUUCGCUUCGAUAUCGGCUCUGGAAUAGCGACAAUAAAAUCACCUCAUCCCGUUCAACCUGGUGUAUGGGCGCAUGUGACGGUGAAUCGAGAUUUCAAGGAUGCGAAACUGUCGGUGAAUGGUGAGCCAUUUGUGGAGGGCAAGUCACUCGGAGCUGCGAGAACUAUGAACCUAAAUACGCCUCUUUAUAUUGGAGGGGUUGAUCACAGAAGGAUCACGGUCAAUCGAAACGUCGGUGUUGAUCGUAGCUUCCGUGGAUGCAUAAGUAAACUCGAAGUUUCGUCGAUCAGUUUGGAUAUAAUGAAGUCAUCAAUCGACGCAGCUAAUAUCGAGGACUGUUCAGAGCCUCAUCCGAAUCAAACAAUGAUUCAUACCACUAUCACUACUCCAGCAUCCACGCAACCGCCAACAACGUUGUAUUAUCCUUGUUCAUCGAAUCCUUGCAUCCAUGGCCAGUGUCAAAAUUUAAAUGAUGAUUAUUCGUGUAUAUGCGAAUACGGAUACGCAGGCAGAAACUGCGAGAAGAUGCAAAAGCAAUGUGAAUUUCUCACCCCAUGUAGAAACGGUGGUACUUGUACAGAUCUCCAUGACUCCUACAAAUGCGAUUGUCGCCUCGGUUACAACGGGCAAAAUUGCGAAAAGUUGGCAGAGAUUACGUAUGAUGUUGCCUUCAGAGGAGACGGCUGGCUGGAACUAGACAGAUCUGUUAUGAUGCACGAAGAAGAGCGCGAGGUUUUCGGUCUCGAGAUCAGCACUAAUAAGAGUUACGGAUUGAUCAUGUGGCAUGGUCAAACGCCGAACGAUCUAAUUCCCGAUGAUUAUAUCGCUGUUGCUGUAGUAGACGGAUACGUGGAAUAUCAAUACAACUUGGGCUCUGGUCCCGCUGUAAUUCGCAUCACCGCCCAGCGCGUCGAUGACGGGGAACGGCACAGGAUAAUCCUGAAACGUCAAAGAAGCGACGGUAGCAUCGAACUGAACGGCGAACAUACCGAAAGUGGUGUCAGUGACGGACUUCAGCAAAUUCUUGAUGCAAGGGGUAACGUUUAUUUGGGUGGUUUACCUGAUUAUGCAAUGACUUACGGUAAAUACCAUGACGGAUUCUCCGGUUGCAUUUACACGCUGGAGGUGCAGGACUCAGGGGCUAUCGAUAUCGGCGAGAAGGCUAUCAGGGGAGUAAAUGUCUCACCAUGCACCAGUGAUCGAACUGAUAGACUUCCCACACGCGGUGACCUCGAAAGAUAUUGAAGAGAAGAUUCGCAUUUGCAUCUAAGGAAUAUACCGUGAAUUCAUACCACUUACGAGCGGUUAUACCAUUGAUGUAAAUGUCGUGUUUAAAGCCAAAUAUGUACGUUAAAUUUUUCAUACAUAUCUAAUAUUUUGAGAACAUUAGAAAUAUGAAGGAUCAAAAGCAAAUCUGUUAUCACAGCUAAUCAAACGUUGUCGAAAUAUUGUGUAAUAUAUUAAAGAUGCAACUUUUCGAUUGAAGCAAUUUGGUUUGGCGAGGCAUUCUGCAUAUACGCAAAAAUCGAAAAGUAAAACGUAUUUAAAAUGCAUGUACUCCUUUGAUGGUUUAUCAUGAACGACCUGAGGUAACAUGUGAAAGAUACGAAAGUAACUAUUGCUAAACGAGCAACAAAACAAUUUUAUAUCCAUAGAUAUACAGAGUCUAUCUGCACUAAUAUAUUGCUAUCUCGAUAUUUUAUAAUAACUAUAACGUUUUAUACCGCUUUAUUUGUACAAAACGAGUAGAUACAAUUCAAUUCGCAAGUAACAAAUCAUUAUUUUAAAAGCGACAGAAUUUAAGAUUUAUGCAUUAUUCUCAUCUAAAAUUCUUCAUUUACUAUCAGUUGCAAUGUAAAUACAAGAAGGAUGUAGCAAUUAAGCUUCUCAUGUCUUUCCUGUUUCUCCUCAUUCUGUUUCAUGUAAUCAACCGCUUCGCGGUAUCUUAUUUUUGCGAAUCAGCUGAACGACUUGGAGCAGCUGAUACAGUGACUGAUACGAAAGGAAAAUGUGUUGAUAACGAUAAAGUACAUAGUUAUAAUUUUUCACUGCCACGUGCUGAUUUAUUCAUAUUUAUAAUACGAUAAUAAAGUUCUGCGUUGUAUAGGAAAUAAAUUCUAUUAUUCACUGGUGUAUGAGUGUAAUCAAAGCUUUACUAAGACUUUGAUAUAUCUGCCGUUACUAUAUCAGAAAGACAAUAAAUUCUCGUCACAGUCAUUUCGUUAUAGAAACGAUAUUAACAACUUUUCUAUAAUCGAUAUUAGGUAUCGAAUUUUUACACUUGAAAAGAGAAUGCACAUUUAUAUAUUUAUAAUGCGAAAUGCAUAAAUUACGGACAUUGCUCUCUAUUAAUAUCUGAAAAACGAGAACCUUGAAACAAAACACAUACAUCAACAAUCAAAUAUAGAGGAUUGAUGAACUUGAUUGAUUCUUCGAAUCCAGAUUGCACUCAUACCAUGAUGAAUACUUAUCAUUUACCGUAUUAUAUACGCAUGUAGGUGCUUAAAUGUGAUUUUUAAUGCAAGGGAAUAACAGGCGAAUAAUCAAGGAUAAAUGAAUAAGUAAUUGAACGGUAUCAUCGAACGUACGAACGUAUGUACGUUUUUUUUAUUAAAAGAAUUUAAUCAGGCUGCGUGAUAUGUAAACGAAGAAAGUUACAUACGAGAGAAUAGUGAUAGGAAUAAGGAUGGCGUAAGUAAAAAAUGUGUGUUGCUACAUAUAUAAAAUUUAUAUCGAAUAGAUUAUGGAAAACUCGCGUAUAAAGUAAACAGUAAUUAGCGUUCUCUAAUAUUCUCUAUAUUUGAGACUUCGAAAGUAAAACGUACAAUUUGAUAAUAAUAAUUGUUCGGCCAUCAAGUUAUAUCAUCUAUCGACGCAAUAUAUUGAUAAUUUAUACAUUAUAAUUUUCCAAAUAUCAGUUAAAGUGCAAUAUUUACUAUAUAAAAUAACAUUUUAUUGUAUUCUCAACGGUUAAAACAAUUGAUUUUAAUCUUCUUAAAUCAUUGAAUCAUAUUAGAUAUACUUACAGAGACGGAAUAUUUUAAUAUCAAUAU